UGCAUGUGGGCUGUUGUCACAGGGACAGAGGGAGGUAGUGCAGAGUUGGAUAGAAGAAAAAAGAAGAGGCAAGAGACAAAAAAAGAGUGUGAGAGGCAUGGCAGCGUAAAGCUUGGAAUUUACUUAUAACUGCUACAGUGCAAUGGAGAUUCACAGAGAGAGACUGGUAUCUGUGUUUAUGAGCAAUGGUGGACAGAUUUGUGCACACCGUUAGCAUUUACAAUCAAAAAUAACACGCUGAUACUGAAUUCUGGUUAAAACAGCAUGGUGUGGUAAUGAUGCAGUGGUCAUCUGAGUGGGCGGAGCAACACUAUGAUGUCUCCUCCACCACAUCAUCUCCAGUUCACCCUAAGCCCCUCCCAUUCCCUCAGCCCAGUCGUCCUGCGUUCUCAGGCUACACAGAUGACAUCAGUGCCCUCAGUGCCUCUAGCUUGCUAAAGCGCUAUGCAGAGAGGUAUUCCUUCAACUCAGCCUUACCAGAACAUGGGAGUUUCCUGAGAAGUGAGCAGCACCAGGAGCCGUGGCCUGGGGGGUACAGCACAGACGGGCCUCCCGGUUUAGACCCACUGAAGGGGAGCGGAAGUGAUCUUUCAGAGCAGCAGUACAGCAGCGGUCCCACGUCUCAGGAUUACCCUUCAUCCUACAGCAGCCAACAUCUGCUACCCAAACCAUCCUAUCUUCCGUCUCCAGCGUUUGCCUUGCCGUCUGCUUACCUGCCCCCCGCACCAGGCUACGCUUAUCCCCAGCAAUGCGGUCUGACGGCUAGUUACCCUCACAGCACCCCUGCUCUGCUGCCCUCGGGCAUACACACCCCCACGCCUCUUCACAGCAGCCACGGUGCUGCUGAACUCCCACGCAACAGGAAGUUUGGCUUCGACCAGUCCAAAACUGCCAGAGUGUCACCUUACACAAUCAGGGACAAAAGCGAAAGGCAGAACAGUGACAGUGGUACAAAUGUCAAUGAAAGCUGUGGGACGGACAUCCAGAGCUACAGGCCUGAUAGACUUUCCACUCAGUCCGACCUCGAGGCCGAUUCUGUGGGCAAGACCAGUCACCUACGACCUCCGGAGACAAGGUCUUAUGGAGUGAAGCACAUUAUGGUGGCAAGCACUAAUCCACCGCUUCAAUCAAUGAAAUCCAAGCCAAAGAAAGACUGAAAGAGAGGAAUGGAAAAGAGAAAGAGAAAUAUGGUAAAUCAAAACACACACCUGAAAGUUUCAUAUGUCAUAUGUGUAAUAUAAGGUUUUCAUACAUUUUGUUAGUGAGCAUGUGAACAAUAAUUGUCAUGGAUGUUCUUCAACACUGAAGUCAGUGGGAUAAAACACUCUUCUUAUUUUAGGAAUAUUAUCCUCUAUAAACUUUGAAUGUAAAUCUAAUUUCCCUCAGGAAUUGUGAAUGAAGCCAUACUUAAUGUUUAAAUUUUGAGUUUGACAGAUGUUUUUGUCUUUUAUUGUCUAGUUAGUGUAGUUUCUUUGUCAUGUCCAUCAUUAAAGAAAAUAUUUGUAACCUUACAAACAGUAUUUCAAUGAUUACAGAACACAUAAUAUAUCUAGCUUUCGCAGGGCUGCUGCAAAAAAGGCUAAAAGGGUCUUUUCCACUAUUCACCUAUUGUGACGUUUACUAUGGAAACCCACAGAGCUGUCCCAGCCCCCUGAGUUGAUCACUGGAUGUGUUUUCCUCUGACCCUCUGACCUUUCUCUGUUUUAAAUGAGGCGUGUGAAAGAAUAGAGAGCUUUUGUUAUGGAGAGGCAAACGGGACAUCAACUGAAAAUGUACAAACCAAAAUGAAAAUGACAGUGUAGUUAAUAUUUAAAUUAGAUUUUUUUUUUUUAACACUCACAAAUGCAGUAUAUGGAACAAAGUCAUGUUAUUACAAUUUUCAUCUACCUCACUGUUACAUUGCUGUAUGUUCAGAGUAUGCAAUUGUGUAUUACAUGUCUAAAUGUCUACCUCAAGAAAAAAAAAAUACACAAAAUAAAAACUAUUGUACCGAUA